GUUUGACUCCUUGAAUGUUUGAAGUCUUGACGGAAUGGCCAUGUCUCGCCAGGGCAGGAAGGACACCUUAUCCUCUGACGACAUGAAGCUCCUUUUCCAGCUGCAGGUGUGGAACAGAGAGUUGCGUUCAGAGCUGGAUUUGGCAGAUGGAGAUGUGCCUCAGGUUGACUUGCAGACAGAUGAGUUUGUAGAGCAACUGAGGCAAGCAGCUUUGGAGGGCCAUCUUCUCUCUGAAGAGCUUGUAUCUCUGGAACAGGAAAUUUCCCAGACAGCUGUGCACCUGACGGAGGCUGGAAGGGCAGGCUCGACCGUGAUUUGGCGAAGGAGACUGAAGAACCAGAGCACCUUCCUGAAGAUCCGGAAAGGUGCUGUGCGAAUAUCAUGGAGGAAGUCCAGAAGGUGACUCGGCAGAACAUCGAGCUGAGCUCCAGCUACGAGGAGCGACUUCGAAGCUUGGAAGUCAGAGCCUCUAAAUAGGGGCUGUGGUUGUUUGUAUGUUCCUCUGCCGUUGCUGCAUGACGACCUCCAGCCAACACUGGUGAAUGGGACUGGAAUGGGAGGCAAGGACUGGGAGACAAAAGUUGCCUUGUCUGAUUUUCGCCGAUUUGAAUUGCUAUGUCAAGUUCCCCCCAAUGUCCUCUGCUUGGAAGGUUUGGCUCCAUUUUUGCAGAUCUGCAGCAAAAUAAAG